GUGUAUACUAUUUAUCUUCUCAUGUAACGGUUACAGACUUUAUAAAGUUAGCUAUUUUCACAAUUACCAUGUUUGUGCAGAUUUUUGUUUAUUGCUGGGGUGGAAAUGAAGUUAUACUCAAGAGUACCGGAUUGAGCGAAAUGAUAUAUCACAUGGAUUGGAUGUCGGUGACAACCGGCGAACAAAAGGACCUACUGAUGAUUAUGAGACGUAGCAUGAAACCCAUUAAAUUAACCAGUAGCUUUCUGGUGACAUUGUCUUUGGAAUCUUACGUCAAAGUCAUCAACAUAACUUUUCAAUUCUUUUGUGUAAACAGCGAUUUCGUAUUUAAGUUACAAAACUGGUUAUUGAUGAUUGCACUAAAUUACUUUAUCAUUUAA